AUGGCAAUCGAAUUAAGAGCAUAUGACAUCGAAUACAGAGCAAGACAUGCACUUAAGGGGCAAAUACUGGCAGACUUCAUCACUGAAAUUAAGGAAACAGGAAACUCAACAACUCACUCCACUACACUUGUAGUUACGGGGGAGGCGGAUUCAGAAACCUGGGAAUUAUAUACAGACGGAGCAUCGAGUUCAGAAGGCUGCGGAGCAGGAAUAAGAUUAGUAAGCCAAGACAAACAAGAAUAUACAUAUGCCCUAAGAUUCGAGUUCGAAACAAUGAAUAAUGAGGCAGAAUAUGAGGCGCUAAUAGCAGGAUUAAACUUGGCAGAAGAUAUGAAGAUUCGGAGUAUUAAAGCAUUUGUAGACUCCCAGUUAGUAGCUAACCAAGUAAAAGGAGAGUACGAGGCCAAAGGAGAAAUGAUAAAGUUAUAUUUGGGAAAAACGAAGGAAUUGAUAGAGCAAUUUGAAAGCUUUGACAUCAAACAUAUACGAAGAAAUCAGAAUAAAAAAGCUGAUGCUUUAAUCAAAGAAGAAGGGAAAAACUGGAUGACCCCAAUAAUUGAGUAUUUGAUAAGUGGAAUAUUGCCGGAAGACGAAAACGAAGCUAGGAAGAUAAGAAUAAAGGCACCACAAUAUAAGUUAAUGGACGGAAAGCUUUACAAGAAGGCAUUUCUAAGCCCAUGGUUACGCUGCGUAGGACCCAAACAGGUAGAAACAAUAAUUUUUGAAAUUCAUGAAGGAAUCUGCGGACUACACGCAGGUCCAAGAGACGCAACAAAGCUUCUGCAAAACUACGAAGGAUGCCAGCUACAUGCAAACGUCCCCAGACUACCAAAGCAAGAUAUGACGUCAGUGACGUCUGCAUGGCCAUUCACGAAAUGGGGGAUUGACAUAGUGGGGCCACUGCCAAAAGCACCAGGAAAGGUAAAAUUUUUAAUUGUGGCUAUUGAUUAUUUCACAAAGUGGGUAGUAGCCAAGCUAGUAGCAACAAUAAAUGGAAAAGCAAUUGAGAACUUUGUCUGGGAAUAUAUUAUAUAUCGCUUUGGGCUACCACAAAUGAUUGUCUCGGAUAACGGGAAGCAAUUUGCGGAAGGAACCUUCACGGAAAUGUGCCAAAGAUCGGACAUAAAACAAUCAUUUAUGUCAGUAUAUCACCCACAAGGCAAUGGACAGGUAAAAGCGAUAAAUAAGCAGAUUGUGAAAGGAAUGGAGAAAAGGCUGGGGUGUAGCCAUAAUGGUUGGGUAGAUGAACUACCACUAGUACUAUGGGCACACCGAACAACACCCAAGCAAAGUAACGGCGAAACCCCAUUCUCCCUAGCUUUUGGAUCAGAAGCAGUGUUGCCCGCAGAAAUACAGAUUUCCACAUGUCGGACAACGAAUGUGAGUGAGGAAGAGAACGACACAGAAAUGCGAAUCAACUUAGACUUGAUGGAAGAAAGAAGGGAAAUUGCUUCAAUAAGGGAGGCUGCGUAUAAGCAAAGAAUUGAGAAAUAUUACAAUAAGAGAGUACACCCACAGUUUCAAAGUUGGAGAUUAUGUCCUUUGACUUAA